AGGGGCAGUAUUUGACCAUAAUAAAAUGAUAUUCUGGGAGACUGGGAGCCAGUUAAUCCUCAAAAUCGGUUCAUUUAGGAAAACCUGCAGCCUAAAGUCACUACAGUUGGUGGUGGGUGGGAUGGUUAAGUAGCUGAAACAAAACCACUGCUUUUGCAAAAGCCCUCUGCAAAAACCUCCUCCAUCCAUUUGUGUGUCUGCUUUUUUAGAGCAUGCACAGCAGCCACCACAAUACAUAACAUCAUGGCCGACUAUGAAGCUGCAACCUCGUUCCUCGGUGAGUGGGGUCGUUUCCAGCAGCAGGUGUUUUUCCUCCUCUGCCUGAGCAUCAUCCCCAAUGGUUACAUCGGUUUGUCCGUGGUGUUCGUGGCCGACACGCCGCCUCACCGCUGCCUCAUCCCGGAUCACCUCAACCUCAGCGCCGCCUGGAGGAACAGCAGCAUCCCGCUGGAGGAGGACAACCACAGCAGCCAGCUGGUGCUCAGCAAGUGCUCCAGGUACAACCUGCAAGAUGUGCUGAACUACUCGGACAGAGGCUGGCUGCCUGGUGUGGAUGUGAAUCUGUCUGAUGUGGCGAAAGAGAGCUGCUUGGACGGAUGGGAGUACGACCACAGUGUUUACAUCUCCACAAUCACUACUGAGUGGGAUCUGGUGUGUGACAACAGGUGGAAGAACCCGUUGACUUCUUCUAUCUACUUCUGUGGUGUUUUCGCUGGCUCCUUCAUUUCAGGACAGUUCUCUGACAGGUAUGGAAGAAAAAUAGUGUUGUUUGUGGCCAUAGCAGUCCAGUCAGUGUUCACAUUCAUCCAGGUUUUCUCUCCAUCCUGGUCCGUGUUCUGUGCCAUGUUCUUUGUUGCCGGGAUGGGACAAAUCUCCAAUUAUGUGGCAGCGUUCGUGCUAGGGACCGAGAUAUUGGGCCCACGUGUUCGGACGAUUUACUCCACCGCGGGCGUGAGUCUUUUCUUUGCCGUGGGCUACAUGCUGCUACCGCUGUUUGGUUACUUCAUCAGAGACUGGAGGAUGCUUCUCCUUGGCCUCUCCGUGCCUGGCUUCCUCUAUGUGCCUUUCUGGUGGUUCAUCCCAGAGUCUCCUCGGUGGCUGCUCUCUCAGGGAAGAGUGGAGGAGGCUGAGGCCAUUAUGAGAGAUGCUGCUAAGAGGAACAAAAUCGAGCCUCCGCUGGUCAUCUUCAGUCCUUUGCAGAAAGAACUUCAAUGUGAGAAGAGGAAGGCCUACAACAUCUGUGACCUGCUUCACUCUCGAAACAUCCGCUGGAUUUCUGUCACGCUGUGGCUGCUCUGGAACAGCAUGGCCAUUGCUUACUUUGCUCUUUCCCUGAACACGGCGAACCUUCACGGUAACGCGUACUUCAACUGUUUCGUGUCUGCUGUGGUAGAGUUGCCAGCCUACACUUUGUCAUGGGUUAUGUUUCGUUGGUGUUCCAGACGACUGAGUCUCGCCUCAAUCUUCUUCAUGGGAGGAUUGUUUCUACUCUUUAUACAACUCAUACCAGCAAACCUGACUUAUCUCGCCACAACACUCGAGAUGAUGGGGAAGUUUGCAGUGACGACAGCGUUUGCUAUUGUGUACGCAUACACAGCAGAAAUCUACCCAACCGUAGUGAGGAAUACGGCUAUGGGCGCCUGCUCCAUGGCCUCCAGAAUAGGCAGCGUCGUUGCCCCAUACUUCAUUUACUUAAGAAGCUAUUCCAUUUCACUGCCUUACAUCCUCAUGGGAAGCAUUACAGCUCUAUCAGGGUUGCUGAGUCUCCUGCUGCCUGAGAGCUAUGGAAUGCCUCUACCCGACACCAUCGCUCACAUGCAACACUUCCCCGGAUGUUGUCAGAAGACACCUUAUACACUCACAAACACCGAAGAAAAGGAAAACGCUGGUGAAAAGAAGUCUCAAAUUGUCCCUUGAACAAGGAGCAGCGCUGAUAUCCGGCUUGAGACGGAAACUGGACAAACAUCAUGUCUCUGUCCAUGUUUCUGUUAAAUGGAUAUUUGUCAUGAAUAACUAAAAGAAAUUUUAUUUUUUCACUGGAUUUGUGAAAGUAUGUGACUUCAAUAGGACCGAGGAACAUGACAAACAAUAGUCUUUAAUGUGUGAUGUAAAAAUAACUAUUUAAUUCACUCCAAAGUGGCCAUACGGCAUGUAAAUCAAGUUUUAAUUCCUUUAAUUUCACUUCCUGUUAUGUAAUGUCAUUGAAUCCAUUUGUACAGAACUGAUUGAAAUUUUCUGAUAGAAAUUGUGAGUAGUAAGAACAGUAAACAGUAGGAAUGAUACACAAUAAAUAGCACAAUAUUUAGCAAUAACUCAUGUAAGUAGCAAUGUUUUAGACAAUCAGAGUCGACUUUCAAAAAGCACCGCAGGUUUUGAAUGUUCUCUUCUUGUGAUGAAUGGACACUUCAUGCUGUAGUGACAAAAGACAAAUAAAGAAACCAUCAUUUGAUAUUCAGCAUGCAGGAAAUCUGAAAAAAGCUGCAAUGUUUGAAUAUUAUUUGAUUUUUCCCAACUGCAUUAUCGUCGUCGUGAACAGGUGCGUUCACUUCAAAGACUGAUGCUACCAUCAUCACAUCCUCUGAGUCAUGAUGAUGAUGAUGAUGAUAUAUUUGAUGGUUAUAUUAAAGAAUAAUUUGACAUUA